GAUGAAGUUUUCUGCCACUCUGACAUUUUCACAGUGUAAUUUAUUGCAUGCAGCAUAUAAAGCUAUGGUAACUAAGUCUUCCUGCCAGCCUUAAUAGUGGGGAAUAGCCUGAAAAGACCACAUCGCGGCAACUGCAGAUCUUUCCCUAGGAAAAGGCACUUGAACUCCCGAGACCUUGCAAUGUUGAAUAAUAUGGCAUCCAAGGAUUUCCUCAAUUGGAGUCUCCUGGCUUUGCUUCUAUUGCUUCGCUUUUGCCUGUGCCAAGAUGAAUACAUGGAGGUGAGCAGAAGAUCUAAUGAUCCAGUGGCCAAAGUAUUGCAAAGUCACCACCAGACUGGCCACAAAGGUCCCAGCAGCAGGGAAUUGUUGAGACAGCGGAGUCGCCUUGUUGAAUGGACGGUUGAGAAUGAUGAUGGUAAUAGUCCUUCUACUGACCAAAAUGCCUUGAAACCAGAGGUAGAUGAUGUAGCACAGACUACCUCAAACAGAGUCCAGACUACACAGAGUGGACCUCAAAGCCCACUGGAAUGUGGCUGCCGAGGCGAUUCUGGAUUUCGAUGUUAUCAAGGCCCACCAGGACCUCCUGGAAUGCCAGGAAACCAUGGAAAUAAUGGAAACAAUGGAGCCCCUGGUACAGAAGGAUCAAAAGGUGACAAAGGUGACAAGGGAGACUUGGGACCAAGAGGUGACCGGGGCAACCAUGGACCAAAAGGAGAAAAAGGAUACCCUGGCGUCCCACCAGAACUUCAGGUUGCAUUCAUGGCUUCAAUGGCAACCCACUUCAGUAACCAGAACAGUGGAAUUAUCUUCAGUAGUGUUGAAACCAACGUUGGAAAUUUUUUUGAUGUAAUGACUGGUCGAUUUGGAGCCCCAAUUAAUGGGGUGUAUUUCUUCACCUUCAAUAUGAUGAAGCAUGAGGAUGUGGAGGAAGUGUAUGUUUAUCUAAUGCACAAUGGCAAUACAGUUUUCAGCUUAUACAGCUAUGAAUCAAAAGGAAAAAGUGACUCAUCAAGCAACAGCGCAGUUCUCAAACUCGCCAAGGGAGAUGAAGUUUGGCUACGGAUGGGCAACGGAGCACUUCAUGGAGAUCAUCAACGCUUUUCCACUUUUGCAGGGUUUCUUCUUUUCGAAACCAAAUAGACUAACACUUUAAGACAGAUAUUGCUGUUUGCUUUCUGUUCUUUGGAACAACAUGGUAACAUCCCACAGGUCCUUUUUUCAAAUCACUAUGUUGGUGCCUGAAUCUGUGGAGUGUUAUGAGAAAUGUUAGGCCUCAAUAUGCCUUUAUGCUUUUUUUGGACCACACUACUUUGCUGUAGCUCUCAUGCCACAGAGUACUGAAAUCAUAUUCCACAAUGAAUUUAAAGGUGUGAUGACUACAGCCUUUUGCCCCAAUCUGUGUGGCCUUAUACUUGUAUGGAUUUGUUCCACAUAUAGGGUUAUGGAUCUACUUUCUUUUGAAAUUAAUGUCUGGAAGUCACUGUGUUGGAAGUUUCAUAUAUGCUUCAGAGCUCCUUUAUAACAAAAAAUCGGAAGUACUUCUGGUCUGCAAACUGCACCACAUUCAGUAUGGGAAUAUGGAUAUGGAAUCGCAUGUGCAUUAUUGUUCACGACAAAAUUUUAACAACUAUUUGAAUUGACCAAUUUAAAAUAAGACCUCUGAAGUGUUAAACAUUGCUAGGUAAUGCAUUCACUACAGAAAGAAUAAUAGGUUAGAUUUUUUCUCUCUGUACUAAUAAAUGAUAAAAUCUUGAUCAAAGCUUGAUUUAAACUCUCUGGAUAGUCUACAGCUAAGUAGAACUGUCUUUAAACCAAUGUACCCAUCCUGUAUGAAUGAUUAGGAAUGUUGACUAAAUUCAAGUUCUUUGACUUAACUGAGUUUGUAGAAGUUUGUAUAUUAUCAAAGUUUGUGCAUGCUUCAAAAGACAUAGAAUCAAUUUGUCAUUAAUUCCUAUCAAAUUAUUUUGUCCCUAGCUCUCAGCAGCAUGAAACCCUUUUGGCAUUUAUGUGUCAUGAAUGUGUUUAACUAUUUGCUUGUU